AAAAAAAAAACAAAAAGGAAACGAAGAAGGAAAUGAAUAGGAGAGAGAUGAAUCAUCGUCGUCUCUCCUCCUCGCUUCCGUUAAAAAAGUGGCCUCCGCCGCGGCCUUCCUCCGCCCGCUACACCCAUUAUCAUCAUCGAAUCCAGCCUCUUUUAAAAACCCAGUUCAUUAUAUCUUCUUCUUUCCAUCUCCUCCUAUUUCCCCAUUUCUCUCCCCCGCCAUUCAAUCGAUUCGCCAAGGAAGAGAGGGGGAAAAGAGGGGAUUUUUACAUACAAGGGAAGUGUUUUGUUUUCUCUCGGUUCCCCGCAAAACCCUAGAAUUCGUGUUUUGGGUUUGAGCUUUUUUCUAUGGGGGAAUUCGAGAACCGGGUAGCUUGCGACGGCGGCGCGGCGGAGCCGGAGGGACGGAUUGAGGAGGAGGAGCAGAAGUUGAUCGAGGAUGUGGCCAUGGUGGACUUCAACCUGCUCUGCUCUACCGUCGCGAUGCAGACGCAGGGCAAAUGGACGGACAAGGUCCAAGCCGACGACGAGGAAUUCCACGACGGCGGCGCCUCCGUGUUCCGGAUGUGGGAAGGCGGGGUGCUCGAUCUCUGUGACGACCGCCGCAUCGCCGUCGAAUCCUUCUGUUGCCCUUGCUAUAGAUUCGGGAAGAACAUGAGACGAGCUGGUUUUGGUUAUUGUUUCCUUCAGGCAACAGUGUAUCUCAUUCUAGCUCUAUUUGCGCUUCUCAAUCUCAUUGCAUUCUUCGUCACAAAGAGGCACCCUUUCCUUUAUCUAGCAAUCGGGUUCACAGUUCUUGUAGGAAUUUAUCUGGGUUUCUUCCGGUCACAGAUCAAACAAAAGUUCAACAUCAGGGGUAGUGAUAGUUCAUGGGACGAUUGCUUCUACCAUAUCUUCUGCCCUUUCUGUGCUUUGAGCCAGGAGGCGAGAACAUUAGAGAUGAACAAUGUACAAGAUGGGACGUGGCAUGGACGGGGUGAUACGAUAUGCGUAGGUGGGUAUACGGAAGGGAAUCAUGCUUACUUGCAGCUUCACCCUCCUGCUAUUGUUACAACAAAAUCCUCGGAUAACAGCAGCAGCAGCAGUCCACGGAAGGUCAGCGGCAGCGAGUGCUGAACAUUUGGUAGGGUGAGGGAAGGAAUGGGAAUGCCGCAGGAUGAAAGC